GCGCGGGCCUUCGAGAGCGAGACCGGCGUGCAGCCGCCCGUGGGCUUCUGGGACCCGCUGGGCCUCUCGGGGGACGGCAGCGCGUUCAACUUCAAGCGCCGCCGGGAGGUGGAGCUGAAGCACGGGCGCGUGUCCAUGUUUGCCACCAUCGGUUAUCACGGAUGCCCCGCGGUGCCGGAGUACUAUAAGCUGCCCGGAUUCCUCUCACCGUCCUACGGCAUUACCUUCGCCGACGUGCCCAACGGGUUGGGAGCGUUGUCCAAGGUGCCCGCGCUCGGGUGGCUGCAGAUCAUCCUGCUGGCUGGCGUCACCGAGAUCCAGAUCUACAAGGAGCAGGCCGCGCCGGGGAACUACGGCGCGGGCUUCCUCGGCGUCAAGAGCAUCGGCCUCUCGAGCGGGGGGUUCGCGGAUCCGGAGGCGCGUAAGCAGAAGUUGAAUGCCGAGUUGGCCAACGGCCGCCUCGCGAUGAUGGCCAUCAUUGGCAUGUUCUUUCAGGCCUUGGGGUGCGCGAGCAGCGAAGGGGAGCGAGAGGGGGACGGAGGAGAAUGCGAGAGGGGGGAUCCAGCUUGA